AUGCGGAUCCCCGCUCUUCCAGUCAUACUUCUUGCCAGCAUCGUGCUGGGCGCCGAUGCCGACGCCGUGGGCAAAUUGGAUGUGGACACAAAGAAGAAGCAAACUAUCUUCAUCUACGCGGGCACGUACUCAGAACAAGUCGUCAUCUCGAAGUUGAAGAGCAAACUGGUGCUGCAAGGAUACACAUGCGAUAAGAUGUCGUACGAUAAGAAUGAAGUCACGAUCACCCACAAAAUGUCGCAGCAGGAUGUUCCUCCUCACCCUCAUGGGAGUUCCAACGAUCUUGCCAGUACGCUGAGUAUCGGCACCGACAACGUGCAGGUGUACAACCUCAAUUUCGUUAAUACGGCCCAAAAAAUGGCCAGGCUUCGGCCCUGA